CGCGGAUGACGCGGCGCUCGUCAGGCCGCAGCCCCCGCCGCUUGGCCGCCGGGCCAGCCUCGGCCCGCCCCCCGCCCUCCCCGCGCGGCCUCCCGUGCGUCCCUGUCAGAGUGUGGCGGCCGGCCGCGCGGUGCACUCUCCCUCCUUGCCCGCAGCCUGGCUAGGCGCCUCUUACGGCACACCCCCGUGUCCCCGCCGGCGCCGCGCCUGCCCUCCGCCGCGCUCCGCCCUGCUGCCGACCGCACGCCCGCCGCGGGACAUGGCACACGCGUCAGCACGCUUCCCCGGCGCCCGGGGAUCCGGGGACGGCGAGAUGGGCAAGCCCAGAAACGUGGCGCUCAUCACCGGCAUCACCGGCCAGGAUGGUUCGUACCUGGCUGAGUUCCUGCUGGAGAAAGGCUAUGAGGUCCAUGGGAUUGUACGGCGGUCCAGUUCAUUUAAUACGGGUCGAAUUGAGCAUCUGUACAAGAAUCCCCAGGCUCACAUUGAAGGAAACAUGAAGUUGCACUAUGGUGAUCUCACUGACAGUACCUGCCUUGUUAAGAUCAUUAAUGAAGUAAAGCCCACAGAGAUCUACAACCUUGGAGCCCAGAGCCACGUCAAAAUUUCCUUUGACCUCGCUGAGUACACUGCUGACGUUGAUGGAGUUGGCACUCUACGACUUCUGGAUGCAGUUAAGACUUGCGGCCUUAUCAACUCUGUGAAGUUUUACCAAGCUUCAACAAGUGAACUUUAUGGGAAAGUGCAGGAAAUACCCCAGAAGGAGACCACCCCUUUCUAUCCCCGGUCACCCUAUGGGGCAGCAAAACUCUAUGCCUACUGGAUUGUGGUGAAUUUCCGUGAGGCGUAUAAUCUCUUUGCAGUGAAUGGCAUUCUCUUCAAUCAUGAGAGUCCCAGGAGAGGAGCUAAUUUUGUUACUCGAAAAAUUAGCCGGUCAGUAGCUAAGAUUUACCUUGGACAACUGGAGUGUUUCAGUUUGGGAAAUCUGGAUGCCAAACGAGAUUGGGGCCAUGCCAAGGACUAUGUGGAGGCGAUGUGGUUGAUGUUGCAGAAUGAUGAGCCAGAGGACUUCGUAAUAGCUACUGGAGAGGUCCAUAGUGUCCGGGAAUUUGUCGAGAAAUCAUUCUUGCACAUUGGAAAAACCAUUGUGUGGGAAGGAAAGAAUGAAAAUGAAGUGGGCAGAUGUAAAGAGACCGGCAAAGUUCACGUGACUGUGGAUCUCAAGUACUACCGGCCAACUGAAGUGGCUCUUCAGCAGUGCCUGAGUUAAGCUGCACCUUUACAAAGAGUCAGAGUCCAGCUACUGCUGUCAGAACUCAAGCUUGUGUCAGGCAUUGCUGAGAAAAACCUCCAGCUCUGAUUGUGUGACGUUGUGGCACCUUUCUUCCAAAUCUUCCUUGUCUUAAAGGGGGCAUUCCAGUUUCAAGUUCAAUAAUACCCAAGAGAAAGAUACAUCAUUUGAGAAGAAUUUCUCACACCCCCAUCUCAAAAAUGUUGGCCAUCUGACAUUUUAUAACAUCAUGUCUGCCCGUAAGAGCCAAACUCCUGUGUUGUGAAUCAGCUUUCAGCUCCAUUGGAAGAAAUACUUCUCUUUGAAUCAGAACAUGUUUCACUCCAAAUAAAAUUGUCAUGUCUGUCAUCAGUAAACAAAAAUAAUUAGUUGUAAGGAACUUACUUUAAACUUACAGAAAUAGAAGACACAUUGAUAGAGUUAUGGAAAGGAAGAAUUUAUAAAUAAAUGUAUUACUUAUAAUAAAUAUAUAUUACUUGAAAAUAAGAAGACUUCUGCCCCAGUGACCUUAGAUUUAAUGGAUUAAUAUUAGAAAAUAAAAUGUAACAAAUUAUUUUUAGUUUUUUCAUCACAGACUAGGAUACUACUCUCUCAAAAAUUUGAAUAUGCCUCUUUUUU